AUGGCCCAGAAUCAAGAUUCUCCUUUGGAUGAACAGAGCGAAGCUUUGGAUAAUCCUGGGGUGGAGACGAACGAAAAAAUACAUAAAUGUUUAAAAGCUAGAAAGAAAGCCUUUAAAACUCGUGCUUUUCCAGUCCAUACACGAUAUCUAACGAAGAAGAAACAACAUAAUAGCACGGUAUUUGAUACUGAAGCUGGUUCAUCUCGAAGACGUGUACCAGAAACUAGGGACGAGAGAACGACUGAUAAACCACAUGUAAUGGAAGCUCAAGGUGCAGAUGGAACAAUGGGAACAAGCGGUACUGUGGUGUACGUUCCACAGGAACAACAACAGCGUCAUCAGCAGGAGCUACCUUGCGAAGAGCACGCAUUGAAUGAACGACUGAAUGGAGUUGUUGGUGAAAUAACGAAUAGGGACCUUGAUACCAGAAUGGUUGAAAAGGAGGCGGAAGUGACCGAACGGGAGACAGUAGUGACCAAACGGGAGACAGUAGUGACCAAACGGGAGGCGGAAGUUACCGAACGGGAAACCGGAAUUGCCAAACGAGAAGCAAAUGCUGCCAAUCGGGAUGAGAUAAUUGCAAGUCGAGAGACAACAGUUGCCGAACGGGAAACAGCAAUUGCUGAACGAGAAGCAACAGUUGCUGAACGAGAAACAACAGUUGCUGAACAACAAAUAAUGGUUGCUGAGUUAGUCGAGUAUACUCAACGAGUAAUUGCAGAGCGAGAUGUUGCAAAUGCACAGUUGGUCCCCUUAAAUGAUCUUUUGGACCAGGUUAGAACGUCGUUCAACAUUUUAAGAUCAUUGCUGUACGUUAAUCCACAUGCUGCAAGAUCAAGCCCAUCGCGACCGUCACCGCCACCAAGAUUGACAGUGGGUGAGAUUCAAAAUAAGCAUUUUACAGUACAGCCGCAAAUUAAAGUGGUAAGAAAAAAUGCUUCUGGUUUAUCAGCAAGGGGAUCAUCAUAUGAACCCAGAAAUAAGCAAGAUCUUCUCAUUGAAAUGGAUGCCACAAAAUCAUCAAGUGUAUGCUGUUCUGUUAAAAUGCCUCUUAGGGAUAGUGAAGAUGUAAAAGAAAGGAAGGAACAACAGCAACUUCUCAAAGCAAAAGUGGAGCAAACUUUAGUGCUGGUGGAAGAAGUAAAAGAAAAAAUGGCUAGAAUCAAGAAGAUAUUUGAAAUGUUGGAGGCUCUUAAAGCAACUCAAAGACAAAAAGGUGAAAUUGAUAAAGAAAGAAUGGCAACAAUGGAGAAAGAAAUGGAUGAUUUUAAAAAGAAAAUGGUUUCUAUGGAGAAAACUAUUCGUGAGCUCCAUAAAAAGUUAAAAGAAUCUGAAGAAAAACGUAUUGCUAAACAAUCAGAAUUAGCUAAAAUGGAUGAGGAAAAUACAUUCCUGAAAGAAAAAGUAGAUAAGUUGGAGGCUUCAGAAAGAGACCUGCAAUGUGAGAGGCAAGUUGAUAAAGAAGAGUUGAAUGCAAUGGCAGAAAGUCUUUAUGAUUUGGAGAAGAAAAUAGAUUCUCAGAAGGAAGCUAUAACUCAGCUUCAACGAAGGUACAACGAAAAGAUGGUUGAAUUGGUUGUCCUCAGGCUCCAGUGUCAACAAAAAGACACUCGAAUAGGAGAAGAACGAACGAGAGCAAACAAUUUACAAGAUUACAACGAUGUCCUCCAACAAUUGCUAGGACGAUUUGAGGAAAGAAUCGUUCAUUUUGAAAGCCAUGAACAAGACGCCCGAGAUUUACAAGACGAGCUUCAACAGAUCAUCGGUGGACUGCGAGAAUGGAUAGUUAGGCAUCAUGAACCAGUUGAACCACCUGAAUCCCCAGUUGUUCCUGAACCAAGUGCACCAUUUUUUGGGGAUGGAAAUGAAAAUGAAACCAUACUGGUGAUUAUUUUCCCGAGAUACAUCUGA